AUGUAAAUCGAUCAAAUGCAACAUUCAACUCCAAUUCAUGGUGAGGAAACAGACAUUCAGAAAGGAAAGGAAGUAUCUUUAAUAGUUUUCCCCAAAAAGUUUCUGAAUCCGCUCAGCACUUACAGGAUGAAAGGAGUAUCUUAAUUUUAUGAUGAUUUUUAAGGACUUUCAUUUAUUUGCAGAUGCUCGUUACAUUAGACAGCACGAAUUGCUUAAAACUGGUAUCAGUUGUCAAAAUCCCUAUAAAAAAAUUUCCAAGAUUCUCGUGGAUUAAACUGCUGGGGUAAUCAAAUUGUGCUACACUCAACUUGAUUUCUCUGAAACUCCUUGGGAAUACGUAGCCAAAAGAUUAUAAAGUUUUGGUGAUGUUUAAAUGAAUGAAUUGAGCGAAUACAUUAAGAAGUACUAUGAACAACUAAAUUCUGGUUUAAAAUAGGGAGAAAUCGAAUAAGUAGUUCAUAAUAGACUAUCAACAUUAUUUUAGGUUCCCCCAGAUUAUUACAGAUCAUUUGGGACAUACCAAUACAAGUAUCUGAAAGGCUUAAAUCAAUUUUUCAUCUCUGGUUUGAUAUUGGACAUCAAAUUGGUGGAAGAUUUAGGAUACUCAGUACAAUACUUUGUUGACUCGUGCAUGAAGAUAGGAAUUCCGGAGUACAAAAUUUAUUAAUAAAUGUCAAGAAUAUCUUUAUAACCUGGGUGCUCAAAUGUCGACUACUAUAAAAACGUUAUAGAGUUUGCCAAACCUCUGAUGAAACCAAUGGAGAAGUAAGAUUUCUAUUUGUACUCUCCCCUCUAUCCACAAGUAAGUAAUUCUUUCUCAUUUGCCUAGGGCCUAAAAUGUGAGGUAUCUUUUUCUGUGACAAACGAUCAUUCUGAAUCAGAAAGCGACGCACUCAUUAACUUUAGUUUUUAUUUAAAUUACUAGCCUUCAUUACGUAAUAAUCAAGCUCUAAUGCCUAAUAAGAAGCUAAAGUCUCAAAAUUGCAUCUCACAAUACUACGAACUCAUGGAUUAUCAUUAUUCGAGGUGCGGGUUCAAAAAGACUAAGCUGAAUUGAGUGGUGUGAUCAAGUGUAUAUAUUGUAAUCCUUUUUUGUCA